AUGGCUGUAUUCAGGAACUACUACAAUAGAAAAUCGCACUGGACCAUCACUCUGUCCUGCCUGUACCUCCUCUGCAGUACUAUCUCCUGCAUCAUAGGCAGUACCACAGAGAGGAAGCGGCACCACCAUAUGAAACUAGGAGGCUAUAUCUCGCAAUUGGAGAAAUCUCGCAGCAUUUUGGGUUGUCCGAAUUGUCUCUACGAGAACCAAUACACUAAAGAGCGAUCAGAGAGCGAUCAGCUCAGAUUAGAAGCAAUUAAGAAGCAAAUUUUACAGAAGCUGGGGCUUAGGCACAAGCCCAAUGUGACGCAAAGUCUUCCAAGGGAUAUUGUUUGGCAGACUCUAGAGAGAGCUGACGAAGACAGUGAUUUUUUAUUGAAUAGAUACGAGGAUUUUUCUACUACUAGUGAUAGAAGUAGUGCCGAGGAGACUGUGGAUGUAGACGAUUUUUAUGGGAGGACGUCGGAGAUCAUUUCUUUCGCUGAAGAAGAUCUUGGUUGUUCUUCAUCAUCUACCAAACGGACCGCGACAAAUUUAUAUUUGUUACAUACGAACCCGCAGUGUAACUAA